GCUGGUGGUCUCUUAGCUUGUGGUAUUGUGAAUUGUGGUGUAAGGAGUGAAUGUGAUCCUGCAUUGGCCCUUCUUGGUGAUUACGUCAUGCAUAAUAGCAUGGUUAUGAGAAUUGGUGCAGUUAUGGGAAUGGGUAUUGCUUAUGCUGGCACCAAUAGGGAUAAUGUUCUCCAAUUGCUUAUACCUGUUGUUAGUGAUUCAAAGUCAAGCAUGGAGGUUGUAGGUUUAGCAGCAUUAGCCUGUGGUAUGAUAGCUGUUGGAUCCUGUAACUCUGCUGUUACAUCUGAAAUUAUCCAAGUUUUGCUUGAAAAAAGUGAAGCUGAUUUAAAGGACACUUUUGCUCGCUUCUUACCUUUGGCUUUAGGUCUUUGUUACUUAGGAAAACAAGAAGGAGCUGAUGCUAUUAUUGCAGCUCUUGAAGUACUUAGUGAACCAUUUAGAAGCAUGGCAAAAACAAUGGUUGAUGUUUGUGCUUAUGCCGGUACUGGAAAUGUACUUAAAGUACAGAACCUUUUACAUAUUUGUAGUGAGCAUUAUGAUGCAACUGAUAAGGAUGAUAAGAAAGAUGACAAGAAAGACAAGGAUAAGGAGGAUAAAGAUAAGAAAGAGGAAAAGACAACUUCCCAUGACCUAUCUUCUCAACAAGCUGUUGCAGUGUUAGGCAUUGCAUUAAUUUCUAUGGGAGAGGAUAUAGGAUCAGAAAUGGCAUUUAGGACUUUUGGACAUCUGUUGAGAUAUGGAGAACCUGUGAUUAAACGAUCUGUGCCAUUGGCCCUUGCUUUGAUUUCUGCAUCAAACCCCAAAUUAAAUAUCCUGGAAACUUUGAGUAAAUUCUCUCAUGACAGUGAUGUUGAAGUUGCCUACAAUGCAAUAUUUGCCUUGGGAUUAGUGGGUGCAGGUACAAAUAAUGCAAGAUUGGCUGCUAUGUUACGACAACUUGCACAGUAUCAUGCUAAAGAUCCUAACAACCUCUUCAUGGUCAGAUUAGCACAAGGCUUGGCACAUCUUGGUAAAGGCACUCUUACUCUCUGUCCUUAUCAUCAUGACAGACAGCUCUUAAGUCCUGUAUGUGUUGCUGGAUUGAUGGCAACUUUAGUGUCCUUUCUUGAUGUUAAGAACAUUAUACUUAAGAAUUCUCAUUACGUUCUAUACAAUCUGGUUGCUGCAAUGCAGCCACGUAUGUUGGUAACAUUUGAUGAGGAGCUUCAACCUCUUCCUGUUCCAGUGAGGGUUGGUCAAGCUGUUGAUGUAGUUGGUCAAGCAGGAAAGCCUAAAACCAUUACCGGGUUUCAAACUCAUACAACUCCUGUUCUAUUAGCUUAUGGUGAAAGAGCAGAAUUAGCAACAGAAGAAUACAUACCACUCACUCCUAUUCUAGAAGGAUUUGUGAUAUUGAGGAAAAAUCCAAACUACACUCAUGAAUAGAGACUUUUCUUUGGCGACUUUAAGUUUUUACAAAUUGAAUGUUCUUUUUUAUGGUAUGUCACAGAUUCAUGUAAAUUAUUGGCAACAGAAACAAGCAUCACAUUCAUAAUGGAAGGCAUUUUAUGUUGAAUCAUAUUUAUUCAAUAUUUCAAAUAAAGAUUGUUUUCUACUCCA